GAUCCCGGUCCCGGUCCCGGCGCGAUGUGACCGCUCCCGCACCAUGUCCCGGCAGCGAGACCUGGACAAGCUGCUGUCGGACCUGCGCUCCUUCCUGCUCCUCCUGGACCGCGAGAGCCUCAGCGCUGCUGCUCGGGCCAAGAAGAAAUCGGUGUGGGAGCUGCUGGGGCGGCUGCAGGGCCCGGCAGAGGAUGCUGAGUACAUGAUCAUGCGCUGCCUCUCGCCCUCCCCAGGGCCUCAGCAGGGCCAGGCCAGCCCGGGCUCCGGGAGCGCAGAUGCAGCGGGAGGCAGAGCCCGGCUGGGCCCUCACGGAGAGAACAAGGAGUUGGGUGCCCCCCCAAGACCCCCAAACCCUCCGUCCCUUCCAACCGAUGACUCCUACGAGGACACCGAACCCCCCGGGCACGGCAGCACCGGCGGCGGCGACAGCGACAGCAGCCACUACGAGUCGUACGGAGAGGAGGAAGAGGAGGAGGAGGAGGAAGGGGUGAAGGACCGGGCUCAUUACCUGCGCUCCAGCAGCGAGGCCGAGCCCCCCGGGCGCCCCGAGCCGCAGCUCUGCGGGUUCCUCUGGAGGAAGCGCUGGCUGGGACAGUGGGCAAAGCAGCUCUUCAUCGUCAGGGAGCACGUGCUGCUGUGUUUCAGGUGCGCCGCUGACCUGCAGCCCGUGCUGGAGCUGGACCUGCGCGGCUGCCGCGUCACCGCCAAGGAGCAUCGAGGCAAGAAGAUGCCGCACGCCCUGAAGGUUACAGGGACAGCAGGAGAGGUGCUGGUCAUCGGCUUCCAGAGCCGGCAGCAGGCCGAGGACUGGAGGAAGGUGAUCGAGGAGGUGAGCAGCGAUGCCCCGAGCGGGCUGGCGGCGCUCAGUGUCCCGGCGUCACCUUCCUCGAGGCUCAGCAGGCUCGGCAAGGAGGAAGAGGAGGAUGAGAAUCGCUGCCGGCAGAGCCCUGCACGCAGCCCGCGGCACGGAGAGGACGCCAAAGGAGGGUUCCUGGCCGUGCGGCUGCGGGGCCGCUGGCAGCGCCUGUGGUGCGCGGUCCGGCACGGAGCCCUGCGCAUGUUCCCCGAGCCCGGCGGUGCCCAGCGCCCCGUGUGCGCCCUGCGCCUGGACGGCUGCGAGGUGACCCCCGGGGCGGCCGCCGGGUCCCCCCAAAACCUCCGGAUCCGAAUCGCCCAGCGCGGCCGGGAGCUCGCCCUGCUGCAGGCCCGUUCUGACGAGGAAAGGGAAGCGUGGCUGAAGACCCUGCAGGCCAGGGGAGGAGCGGAGCCAAAGAAGGGCGGUGGGCCCCCCCCGAGACCCCCCAGGCCGAGCACCUGCCCCGCUGCCGGGGGGCUGCUGCUGCGCCGGGUGCCCACCCCCAACGCCUACAUGGACGAUCCCUCCGGGCAGGGACCAGCUGAGACCCCCAAACAGCUCCACUCCAACGCAGAGCGGCUGCAGCAGCUGCAGCAGAGCCUGGACCGGGCAGCGCAGGGGCAGCGCCCGAGAGCCGCGUCUGCUGUGCCCAGCUGUGCCAGCAGCAAUGCCCUGGAGGGUGCCCGGCCCGGGCAGGCAGCUCCCUCCCCAGCUCUCCGUGCCAGGCCUGCCAGUGCCCAGCUGCCCCAGGACAGCCCCAGCGUGCAGAGCCGGGAUCUGUGCCUGUCCCAGCACACCCUGACCCUGCCCCAGAGGAGGGGGACACGGGAAGGGCUCGAUGUCCUCGUCGGGCACAGAGCCUUUCCCAAGCUGGAGCAGCAGGUGCAGGGGCAGCUGGAGCGGGGCGUGCAGGGCAGGCUGAGAGCCGGCUCCGAGAUGAACCUGCUGAGCCUCGGGAGGUCCCUCAAGGGUCACAUCGCUGCCACCGCCAGCUCGGCUGGCUCCGAGGGAUCGUUCCUCAGGCCGCUGCUGAAGCGCACCACGUCAGCCAAGAGUGCCCUGAGGCUGCCGCCGUCCCCGGUCGUGGCGGGGAAGGGAAAUGUGAUGAGGAAGACAAAGGAAUGGGAGAUGAAAUCUGCGAUGUGAGCACCACAGAGUCUCCCAGAGAACAUCGGGCCGCGCGUGGAUCGUGCAGGACCAGCCUGGGAUCAGCCUGGAAUUCCAAUUUUACCCACCAUAUCAAUGCUACCACUACGCACAUCUAUUUUUAUAUCCAGAUAUAUCGA